AUGGGCAUCAAAGCGAGAAAGGUCGCCGUGAUAGGUGCAGGUAUCAGUGGAGUAAGUGCUGCUGCGCAUCUACUGAAACAGGGACUUGAAACUGUCGUCUUCGAAAGAUCCAACAUUCCUGGCGGCGUGUGGCAUUACGAUGAGCGAUCUGCUCUCGAGUCUGCAUUUCCAAACACGAGGCCCUCAGUGGGCGACUACAAGACAAGACCAGCGGUGCAUUAUAGUACCCCUCCGCCUGAGUAUCAGGACGAUAAAGACCUAGAGAUCGCCCAUGCACCACCUGGACCGAGUUAUGCCGGUCUCAGAAAUAAUGUGUCAACGAGACUGAUGAAGACAAGUCUCCAGAAUUGGCCUGAAGGAACCGAGGACUACGUUACUCAGAAGGUGCUUGAGGAGUACAUUCAGGCCUUUUCCAAAGACCAUGGAGUCACUGCCAUCACGCAGUAUCAUACCCGAGUCGAAGAGGUCCGUAAACAAGGAGAUGAAUGGAUAUUACGGACUACCACUCUCCAAAAGUCUUCCGCUGGCGCCCACUUGGUCGAAAAGCAUUGGAUCUUUGAUGCAGUCGUCGUGGCGUCUGGCCACUACAAUACGCCAAAUGUCCCUGACUGGCCAGGGAUAGCUGAGUGGAAAGCUGCCCGGCCAUCACAAGUAUGGCAUUCAAAGGGUUACAGAAAGCCACAUCAGUUUCAGGAUAAAAACAUAUUAAUUAUCGGAGCGAGUGUCUCGGCGAACGAUAUAGCGAAAGAAGCCGGACCGUACGCAAAUAAGAUUUGGCAAAGUACUCGAAAUGGCGAGUUGGACCUACCAGCACUUCUCCUUCCUCCGAAUGCCACCAGGGUAGUUGAGGUCAAAUCUUUCGAUCUAGACAAAGAGCACGCCAUCAGCUCGACAGAUCCAAGGACUCCAAUCCCAGGCACGGUCACGCUCGUGGAUGGUCAGAAGUUGGAAAACCUCGACGCCAUCGUCGUAGCCACCGGAUAUAUCACGUCCUACCCAUUUUUACCUAAUCUCCAUAAUGAUGACUUGCCAGCAUCGGAGGCGGAUGAUAAUGUCUUGGUCACAGCCAAGGGAGACAUGGCUCAUAACCUGCACAAAGACAUCUUUUACAUCCCCGAUCCAACACUAAGCUUCAUUGGCGCUCCUUACCAUAUUGCCACCUUUUCAUUGUUCGAGUUCCAAGCACAGGCAGUGGCACGAGUGCUCGCAGGGAAAACGACUCUCCCAACGGAACAGGAGAUGCGAGCAGAAUAUAAAGAAAAGGUUGCGAAGAAGGGGUUGGGACGCGAUUUCCACAGUCUUCGCGGCGAGAAACAGGAGGAGAACUAUGUCUCUGAACUGGUCAACUGGGUGAACCAGGACGCUGAGAGGCGUGGCUCGGAUGACAAGAUGAUUGGCCAUACCGAUGCGUGGCGCCAGGCAAAGGCUGACCAGCUGGAGCAGUUCAAAUGGUUGCGCAGUCGAACUGCACCCAAUAACGGUGAACCACAGCCAGAGAGUGUACGGAAGCUAAUAAGCGUGUUCACAGACGUGGCGGCCAUUAAACUCGUGACUGAGACUCGAGCUUAG